AUCCAACUAAACCAUGGGUUCCCUAAAAUUUCCCAAGCUUCUUGUAGUAGACUUCACAAAUGAGAACCUAAAGCCUAGUUCAAGUUCUUGGUCCUCCACAUGUAAUGAUAUUAGGGUUGCCCUUGAAAACCAUGGCUGUUUUAUAGCCCUUUAUGAUGGGGUUUCCUCCAAUCUUCAGGAAUCUGUGUUUCUUGCUGCAGACGAGUUGUUCGAUCUCCCGAUCGAAACCAAAAUAAAAAAUAUAGUGGCAAAGCCGUACCAUGGAUAUGUAGGCCAAAUGCCGAUUGUUCCGCUUCAUGAAGGUUUAGGGAUUGACUACGCUACAGACCUUAGUGGUGCUCAAAGUUUCACGGAUCUCAUGUGGCCAAACGGAAAUCACUCCUUCUGUGAAACCUCAAUGUUGUUUUCAAGGGCAGUGGCUAAACUUGAUCAUAUGGUAAUAAGGAUGUUGUUUGAAAGCUAUGGUAUGGAGAAGAAGGAUAGUGACUCUCAUAUCGACUCUACGACCUAUCUUCUCCGGUAUCUGAAAUACAGAGCACCGGAGAUGAACGAGACCACGAUGGCUUUUCCGUCUCAUACGGAUAAAAGUUUCUUGACCAUACUUCACCAGAAUCAGGUUUCGGGGUUGGAAAUAAGAGCAAGAAACGAGGAAUGGAUUUCUGUAGAAUUCCCUCCUUCGUCGUUCGUGGUCAUGGCGGGGGAUGCCUGCAAGGCUUGGAGUAACAACAGGGUGCUUUCACCAAACCACAAAGUGACCAUGGACAACGAGGGUAAAGAAACAAGAUAUACUAUCGCAUUGUUUUCGUUCUUGAGUAAGCCGGUGAAAGUACCCGAUGAAUUUGUGGACAACGAGCACCCCUUACAAUUCAAGCCAUUUGAUCAUGUCGAUCUCUUGAAUUUCUACGUUACGGAAAAUGGCAGGAAAUCACAAGACAUUCUCAAAGACUUCUGUGGUGUCUAGGUUUCUAUAUGUUGCAUAUGUUUGAUGUUUGAGAAGGAGUGAUGUUGUUUUUCCUGUAUUCUGGUUUACAAAUGUAUUUCCUUGUGUACACAAGUUUCUCAGCCUUCAUUUGAAAUAGUUGGUGCAUUUUGUCU